CAUCAAACUCCGAGUUGAAAGGCUCAAGCUUUGAACUACGACUCUCGGAUGCGCCGUCUUCACUUACAUGCGCGCUCCAUUGCUAUCGGUGGACUCACUUGCAGAAAACGAGCAUUUGGUGUUUCUGCGGGUGUUUUAAAUGCCAACUCGGACGCAGACUCAAAUCGAAGCCAGAGCCAGAGCCGGGACCAGAGUCAAAGCGUGGACUUGGGAAAGGAUGAUAGCCGAAGCAGAGAGACUGUGAAUGAUGAGCAGGCAAAACAGGGUGGUCAUGGAGACAUUCUUGAGAAACUGUCGCGCUCUCUGCGUAGCCAGCGUGACCCCUCGCGCAACCACGCAAAUAGCUCAUGCACCACAGAAGAGCACACUGAUGCUAAAACCACCAGCUCUUCUUUCAAUCUUCCCCCUUUGAUUCAGGAGAUCACACAAAAAAUCGAUAGUGCCGUGGAGGAGACGAUCAAUUCGUGUAUUCGAAACCCUCAGCAUGUCAUUCCGCCGGCAGGUGUUUCGAAGAGAAGAAAAAAGGAAAAGCAGCCAAGAAAAAAGAAGGCGUCGGGAAAAGGUGGUGCUGGCGUACGACCUGCUGUAGAAUCAGCGCGUGCUUCCCUUGCAGGGUUCGAUGCAAAGCGUGCAGGGGUGCUCCAGCUACUGUUGGAAGGUUCUGGGGAAACCAAUCGUUUGGCGAAGGAUGGUUGGACGACAGGGUGGGGCGAGGACGCGCUUCGACCGGGGGAGAAUGAGAAUUAUGGAUUGCAGGGGUCGUUCAGUGGCGAUGGACGACAAAGUGGGAUCAAGUCCCCGGGACGUGGGCAACCUCCGCAUAUACGCCAUCCCCUACCCUAUACCCGCCGCGUAGAGGGUCUCUUCGACGACGCGCGGGAUCUGGAUGCUGCUUCGUCAAGCGGACCGGGCUCUAUCAAUAACAUACUGGAAGAUAUUGACCCACCCUCGGAACACAAGCCUAUUGCGCGGCUUGCGCAUGGGCUUGAUAGGGUGUUAUUUAACCCCGGCGUCCAUUGGCUCCAAGAUCCACGCUCACGUGUAUAUAAUUUCACGCCUUGGCUUGAACGCAUACCCAAAGUCACAGAUUUCGCGUUCGAGCGCGUCACUGGGUUCAUACGGAGUUCUCAGGAUGAUGACCUUCAUACCCUCGCCAAGAUCCACUCUCGACCAUACGUUGGUUCCACUUCCUCCCUCACCGGUCUGCUCAGCCAUAUUUACUUCCUCAUCUCUGGUGGGAAGGAAGUAGAUACGAGUGUUUUGAGCGGCGCUUUCGCGCAUGAGCCAACGAACUUUACCCCAGGCCAGCGAAUGCCCGUAUCAAUCGUGUUGCGAUACAAAGACGGUGUAUGGGCAGUCGACUCCGGCAAAGAUGGUGAUGAUGACAGCGAGAAGAAUGUAUUAACUUGGAUGGGCACUCUCCUGGAAAAAUUCCUGACAGUUCCGGAACCUGAGUUCAAGACUCUCCUGCGUUCCUCGCCCGCCCCAGCAGAAGGUGAGGAGGAUAAAAGGAGGGAGGCAUAUCGGUAUGCCAAGAGCAAUCGCUUUUUGAUGCGUUCCCAACUCGAUUGCGUCGACCCGCGCUUACCAGGAACAGGCGUUUUUGAUGUCAAGACCCGUGCUGCGGUGCCAAUCCGACUGGAUUUGCUGAAUUUCGAGGAGAACUCAGGUUACCUCAUUCGCACGCUUCAUGGACCACUGGAGAGCUUCGAGAAAGAAUAUUACGAUUUGAUUAGAAGUGCAUUUCUGAAGUACAGCUUCCAAGCUCGUAUCGGCAACAUGGAUGGCGUAUUUGUUGCUUACCAUAACACGGCCCGCGUUUUCGGGUUCCAAUACGUCUCGCUCGAGGAGAUGGACGCACGCUUGUUUGGACAAGAUGUAAAACCUGCUGGUGUUGUUAACGGCGAUAGUGCGCCUACCAGGGGCGCGCGCAUAUUCGAGAAGUGUGUGAAGGUGCUAGAAAUGGUGAUGGAUGAGAUUGUUGGAGUGUUUGGGGAGAGGAGCGUGAAAUGCACUUUCGAGACACGGGAGCGCUCGCCAAAGAUGAAUAUAUGGGUAGAGCCUGUCGAGUGGGAUGCAGAGAAAGAAGGCAAGGGAAAGAACCUAGUAGAGAUGAAGGAGGCAGAGGAGGAAACGAAGGUCGCGGAACAAGGGAAAGACGGCGAGGAGGAGGAGAACCGAGUGAAGACAGGGGAGCCCCCAAUCGUUCAGAUCGACGUAGAGGUGCAGAACUUUGUCGCUGGCCAGCCUGUACGGGGCUCAAGAGCGAUUGAUGUCGCACCUGACGAGAACUGGAUUCUCCAUUGGACCAUCUCGCAUAGCUCGCUGGAAGCCUCCAGAAUUCGGGCCAACCUCGCAUCUGCGAAAGACAGGCAGUUCCGUGCAUGGAAUUUCCCAGCAAAUAUCAGCCGACCGGAGGAGAUGGAGGCAUGGUGGAAUGCGCUGGAUUUUGGCAAACGGCAGAAUGCUGCUUCCCCUUCAGACGAGGGUGAGGAAGUAGCAGCAGGCAAGCCACACGAUGCGGUGGCAGGUGACGAAAGCCCUGUCGUAAUGCUCGAGGAGAACAGUUUGAUAGAGGAAGAAGGACCUGAAGCCAACGAGAAUGGCGCGCCGCCGUUCAAUCCCAGGCUCUUCCGACCGGCGUCGACGAAUAUUGAGGCAUUGCGCCAGUUAUCAAGAGACGGGAGGGAGGAGACUUUGAGGACAGAGGCCGAGGAAGAGGCCAUGGGAAGGGAGAAAAUCAAUGGAGGUGUUGCGAACAGUGAAACCAAGGAAGUGCCUGAGGAUGGCAGUUCAGCAUCUACCGUUACUCAGGCUUCAGAAAUGGGGACAGUCGACGCGGUGGCACAAACUAGCGAGGAGAAGAAGUGAAAACCGAAUCUUUCUCAUAUCACAGCGCGCUGUCGGCGACCUUACUUUCCUUUAACAGUCCACGACGCGGUGUCCAGUGCACUGCAAGUGGACAAACCAGUAUACCUCCAACUAAUCAUUGCAUUAUCAUUCAGUAUGUGCACGCUAUAUUUUUGUGCGAUUUACGUUUAGGUGGAUAUCGCACGUACAACUCAUGAUAGCAUAUACCACACUACAUGGGUAAUAAUAAACACAACACCUCUCUGCGUUCUGGAUAGGUGCUCGCCA